UACUGGGGUAACGUCAACAUCAUCUCGAGCCGCUGACUUUCUUCCAGCUAGCGUUUCCUUCUUUUUCGUUUAUUUCUCUUUUCAGGUAAACCGCCGACUGGAAGUUAUACAGGCGUAUAAAACGGACCGCAAAGAGACCAUUUUCCGUUUUAGGCAUCAUGGCAAGCCAGCGGCCUCCGUCCAGCAUGGGCCGGCCGAUGAGCCGCAGCGGAUCUGUGGUCCCUGGUGCUGGGAGACCCCCUACAGCUAUCCAGCCUCCUCCUACAGCUAUGCGUGUUGCAACUGGGAUGGUUCCAGGGACCAGUGCUCAUCCAGGUUUGAGGGGUGGCAUCCCCGUCGCCUCCCCCGGAGUCCUGACAGCACCGAUCAAAGUGACUGAGAGGCCGGUCACCCAGCAGGGGCUCAGUGGGAUGAAAACUGGCAUGAAAGGACCUCAGAGACAAAUUUUGGACAAGUCCUACUACUUGGGUCUUCUCAGGAGUAAGAUCAACGAGUUGACCACAGAGACCAGCAAACUGCACAAAGAGAUCGAGAGCUACAACCAGGAGAACUCCGUCUAUCUCUCUUAUGAAAAGAGAGCUGAAGGCCUCGCUGCUGAGAUUAAGGACAUGCAAGGCCAGCUUGCUGACUACAAUAUGCUUGUGGACAAGCUCAACACCAACACAGAGAUGGAGGAAAUGAUCAACGACUACAACAUAUUGAAAGCCGAGAACGACAGCGAGGCAGAAAGCAUCGAUAACAUCUUCACCGAGAGGAGAGAGAGAGAGGAGGCAAUCAGGGCCAUCGAGGAGGAGGUCAGGAGAGAGAGGCGCGUUGCUGAUGAAGUCGUCCAAGCAAUGCCGGCAGCAAAGCAAGAGAAAUAUUUCACCAUGACAACCACUAAUGAGGAACUUCUGCAGGAGCUGACUGUUCUCCAGGAGGAGCUGGACGUCCUGAUAACGAGGAAGGAGGACUAUGAAGCCGAGCUGUCCCACUCGCAGAUAAAGCAGGAGAUGGUUCGGCUUCACGAGACCUUGUCAGCGCUGGAGGCCAAACGAGACGCGAUGGAGGCGGAGCAGAAGAGCCUGGGUUCACCGCAGGAAGAGCGAGAGAAGUUAUUUAAGCAGGUGUGCGCGCUGGCUUAUCGGUCACUGCUACAUCAGAGAGGACGGGAGGGGUUUGAUGAAAUGUCACAGAAACUUUUACAAACAGGAAAUAGUCUGAACAUUUCCACAGGCGAGUGUCAACAAAAAUACAAAGAGCUGAAGAGGAAGGAAGAGGAGAUCGACCGGUUCCUCGAGUCGUUUGAGGAGUCCAGGGCUCAGGAGGAGGAGAGAUUAAAGCAGGGCCAGGAGAACAUUGUCUCACUCCUGGAGCACUGCAGCAGGAACAUGUUGCGGCUCCGUCAGGUGGACACAGUGACAGCCAGCGAGUUGAGGAACAUGCAGGAAGUGCUGGUGAGCAAGGAGACCGAGGUGGUCCAGUCAGAGAGCACCGCUAGAGGACUGACGACAGAGUCCCAGCGCCUGCAGCAGGACCUGGAGAAGGUGCAGCAGCUGGAGGGGAAGAUCACAGGCGAGCUGAGCAGCCUGCAGGAGCGCGUCAGCACCAUGCAGGCUGAGCUGCAUACCUACAGGGACCUGGACACCCUCAGGCUCACAGCUGAGGAGAGGAAGAAGAGGCUGCAGGAGGAGCAGGUGUCGCUGACUCAGCGUCGAGAUGCAUUUGGACAGCUGCUGGAGGAGACGAGCCAGAAAUAUGAAGCCCUGAAGACCAAACUGCAAGAAAACGAGACUCACGCUCAGCUGGCUAACCUGGAGAGGAAAUGGCAGCACCUGGAGCAGAACAAUUUUGUGAUGAAAGAAUUCAUCGCCUCCAAAUCCCAGGAGAGCGACUACGCCUCAGUCGCCAAGAGCGUCUCCCAACAGGUGGUCGAUUACAACAAGAGCCUCAUAGAGUUGCUGCAGAACAACAUGAGUUAAAAACAAAAGGCUUUAUUCAUUUGGUUCCAGAUGAAGCUUUCUGACAGGCUCAUGGUCAUUAGAAGCAAAAUGUGUUGAGUUUAUACCCAAAUACCUUUUCUGUCAUUCAAAGGCAGAGAGAUUGUGCUGCAUUCUGACAGUAGCUUUAAGUAGAGAUGUAAAUGUAAAAGGGCGAGCUAAUUUAAAUAAACGUGUUUCAUAGG